AUUCCUUAAAUCCGGACAUUUCUGCAAAUGCUCUCCUUCGUAUCCUUCCUCCUCGCGAUUCUGAUUUUGAUUUAGGGUUCAGAUCGACCCAGUUUUUGCGUCGGCUUCCCCGACCAGAGAACGGAAAGGAAAGUGAUAGGUUUCGGUGGGAAUUGUGGAUUUUUCGGGUUUCGGGUGUCUUCUCCGAAGGAUUGGUGCUUCGUCCGUCGUGGAACUGGGAUGCUGUCCGGUGCUUAGGGGCUUUCGAAGAGGAAGUUUGAUUGGAGUUCUGAAUAUUGAUCGAUUGAGGAUUCCGUUAUAUCGGAGGAACUUGAAGGUCGACACGAAUUUUGAAGGGAUCUGGUGCCCAGAGCAAAACAAACUUCAACAUCGUACUGGGGCUUUUAAGUCCGGAAAAAUUCUGGUGUUACUCGCUUCAGAUCUGUGAUUCUUAAGAGGAAUUCGCAGCAAAGGCGUGUUCUUUCUGUUACAGGGCUUUCGGGAAACCCGGGAGAGGCGAAGAGGACCGCCUUUAUUGUACCUUUCGGCCGUUAAAGAUGGUGUCCUGUAAGUAGAAGAGUAGAGGGGCUGCGAGGGAACGCUUCUAGGGUUCCUUUUUCACCGGACUAAAAACGUCAAAGCCGGGAUCAGAGGUAGGCUUCAGAUGCAAGGCUAAGUGUUGCACCUCCACGGAAGUAACCAGGUUUGGAAGAAGAAGAAGAAGAAGAGAUCAUAUCCUCCGUUGUUUAUCAUCUGCUUUGAGUUUCGUUCUACGGUGGUGAAAGAUUUGUGGUGAUGGGGACAAACUAUCUAUUUCAUUGCGCUUUUAUUUAAAGAUCAAUUCUUUCCUAAUUGAGUUGCUGAGGGGGUUCAGUGCGUUCUCAAGGCAACAUGGCGUUGCCUCACCUGAAUAUCUCAUCAGUUAUCGGGACUUCUGGUGAUGCCUUGUAUGAUGAACUAUGGCAUGCAUGUGCUGGACCCUUGGUUACCUUACCUCGUAAAGGCGAACGAGCAUAUUACUUUCCCCAAGGUCACAUGGAACAGCUGGAGGCAUCAACAAAUCAGGGGCUUGACCAGCAUGUGCCUGUGUUCAAUCUACCAUCAAAAAUCCUGUGUAAGGUGGUGAAUGUCGAACUAAAAGCAGAACCAGAUACAGAUGAAGUGUAUGCACAAAUUACACUGUUACCUGAACCAAAUGAAGGUGAGAUCACUAGUCCAGAUCCUCCUUUACCUGAGCCUGAAAGGUGCAAGAUCCAUUCCUUCUGUAAGACUUUAACUGCCUCCGACACAAGCACCCAUGGAGGUUUCUCAGUUCUCAGGAGGCAUGCAGAUGAAUGCCUUCCUCCAUUGGAUAUGACUCAGGAUCCACCUUGGCAAGAACUAGUUGCCAAAGAUCUUCAUGAAAAUGAGUGGCGGUUUCGUCACAUUUUUCGAGGUCAACCUAGGCGCCAUCUGCUUACAACUGGUUGGAGUGUAUAUGUCAGCUCGAAGCGGUUGGUAGCUGGUGAUGCUUUUAUAUUUUUAAGAGGGGAAAACGGUGAGCUGCGAGUUGGUGUCAGGAGGCUCAUGAGGCAACUAAAUAAUAUGCCAUCAUCCGUGAUAUCCAGUCACAGCAUGCAUCUUGGAGUUCUUGCAACGGCAUCUCAUGCUAUCACUACUGGGACACUUUUUUCUGUUUUCUACAAACCAAGAGCAAGUCGAUCUGAGUUUCUCAUUAGUCUCAACAAGUAUCUAGAAGCCAAGAGUUACAAGUUGUCUGUUGGGAUGAGGUUUAAGAUGAGAUUUGAGGGUGAUGAAACUCCUGAAAGGAGAUUUAGUGGUACUAUUGUUGCCGUUAUAGACAAGGUAUCAUCUCAAUGGGCAGAUUCAGAAUGGAGAUCCUUAAAGGUCCAAUGGGAUGAAUCAUCAUCUAUACAACGUCCAGACAGUGUUUCACCUUGGGAAUUGGAGCCACUGGUGGCAGCUACUCCUCCGACCUCCCAACCAGUCCAGCGAAUCAAACGAACACGACCACCAGCUUCAUCUGUCAUGUUACCAGAACCUUCUCCUGCGCCUGGUACUUGGAAAUUCCAGGUCGAGAAUAGCCAAAUGUUCUCUUUUUCAGGGUCACAAAGAGGUGAAAAGCUAUAUUCACCAUCCAAACCAACGUCUCUAUUCUCAUCAGCAUCACAGCCUAGUUCCAUCGGAUUCAAUGCAAACAUUGCUCCAUCAACUGCUGCCAGUGGCCACAUGUGCUGGCCAAUUAGGACAGAAACUCAAAGUGAUACCUUCUCAGUAAGCAUCAACAGAGAACCAUGUGAUAAAAAGCAGGAAACUGGCAAAGGCUGCAGGCUGUUUGGGAUUCAGCUAUUUGAGAGUUCUGAAAUAGAAGAAACAUCGCGAGUUCCUACAAUUUCAGGUGUUGGGCUGGACAAGCCAGCGACAUCUUUGGAAGCGGAUUCAGACCAACAAUCACGACCAUCGAACAUUGACCAGUCUGAUGCAGCUGCAGUCAACAGUGAGCCAGAGAAUUUAUGCUUAAAAUUAGCUCAGGAGACGCAAGGCCGGCAACUGAGAAGCUGCACAAAGGUUCACAUGCAGGGUAUGGCAGUGGGUAGGGCAGUGGAUCUGACGAGAUUAAUCGGAUAUGAUCAACUUGUGCAGAAGCUGGAAGAGAUGUUUGACAUUGAAGGAGAGCUCUCUGGUGGAGUUAAGAAGUGGGUGGUUGUCUACACAGAUGAUGAGGAUGACAUGAUGUUGGUCGGCGAUGAUCCUUGGCAUGAGUUCUGCAGUAUGGUGAGGAAGAUGUAUAUUUACACAAGUGAAGAAGCCAAGAGACUCUGUCCGAAGAAAAAGCUUCCAGUCAUCGGUGAGGCUGCCAAGUCUGGUUCAGAGAAGGCUUUUCUUGAUGCUGAUGCGGACGUUGUUGCCAAUUAGAACUGCCGGCGCGUCUGCCCUUCCCAAGUAGGAAUACGAUUUUCCCUUGCUCUUUUUGUUCUAUUCCGUGGAGGUUGGGCGAUUGGUAUAGGAGAACCAACAUGGGGUCUUUUUGUCACCAAGGUUGCCGUGUUGUCUGGUGAUGGUAAGGAUAAAGAUGGAUGGACGAUGACACUUUAGGUGAUGGUUAUGGUGGUGUCGUUAGAUCAGACAUGUGAAAGGAUGAUGCAUUAGGAUAGCGAGCAAGCGUUCAUAGCACUGUUUCUGUGUGUUUUUCCUCGGUAGUAAAUAGAAUACCUUUCUUUAUUGAUACAAUAGAUAUGUUGCUGCUGCGUCCAAGUAGGAUGAUUUACUCUAAAUAUGUUUGUUGCCCAUGUUAAAGACACUUAUAUUCGCUUGAACCUUAAUAGUUAUGUACAUAAAUAUUUGAUGUUCAUCCUUUAGUGAUGAGAAAUUAUGGAUGUUUUAUCCCC